UGUCAUAAAAUUUCGUGAUGCGAAUUGAAGACGGCCAUUAAUUAAAGUUUGCUGGCGCCCAAUCUCCAGCACUCGUCCUGCUGGAUGAAUAUCGCCUGUUCAAGAAUGGUGACGAGAAGCAGAUGCAAUCUGCAUAUCUACCUCAAUCUCCUGGCGGUGGCUGGAUUUGCCCUUUUCCACCUUUGUGCUAGCCAUGGCGAGGAUCAUGGAACUAAUGAUGGAAAUAAGCCCCCUUACCCAAACCCUCCACCCCCUCCACCUCCCCCACCGUAUCCAGCCUCCAUCCCUAUUGGUGCCCAAGUUAUCCAGGCCAACACAAAUCCUCCUACGUGCCUGGCUCCGGUAAUAUUGACCUAUAUAACUACAAGGCCGACUGUUUUGGGACAAGUAGCCUGCAGCGCGAAUAGCAAUUUGCAUCACUUCACCCUUCUUCAUACUGGUGGUGGUUACUACCGGAUUACAUCGGAGGCGACUGGGCUAUGUGUAACAAUCCUUGAAGGGUCAUUCCCCGAUACUGAGCCCAUAUACAUGUCACCAUGCAUGGAGGGUAGUUUUACGCAGGAAUUCUUCCUGAAUCCGCUUCCGGGCCCCUGGUGGACGAUUAGGCCGCGGAUCACCCCAACGAUGUGUCUGAGCACGUCCCCUCUUGGUGCACAAGAGGAACAACCGUUGGAAUUCCGGGUCUGCGACGGCGGAAAGAUGGAAACGGACCGCACAAGCAGGCAGCGCUUCUCAUUGCCCAACUUCCAGCCAGCACUGGCGAUGCCUAAGCAAAAGGUGCUAACCAGCACCGACUCCAACAAGUGUGUCACAGUGCCCAAUGGCGGCUUGCCGUACAACGACACUCGCUUGGACCUAAACCUGCUGCAGUACGACUGCGGCAUAACUAAUCCACCAUCAGGGCCGAACGACUUCUUUUUCCUGGCCACAGGAGGGGGCUUCUAUCGCAUCACCAGCAGUUCUGAUAUCCGAAGAUGCUGGACUGUCGGUGGCCGUACACCCACAAGCUAUGGAACCCCCGUCAGCCUGAUGCCAUGCGUUGAUGCCGCCGCAAACCAGGAGUUCAUGCUUACCCCCCAAGGUGGAAGAUGGAUCUUCCGUACCAAGUACGACAUUAGUCUCUGCGUGGACGCGGACGCCAACAGCAGGAAUGGCGCCUCGAUACGGGUCUGGGAGUGUAAUGGGGGCUCUGCGCAGAGCUUCUUGCUUCCGAACUUCCAGCCAGUGCUUCAGGUGGUGAAAGUGAGUUACUUUGGAGACAAAUGUAUUGACAGCAAGCCUAGGUUCUUUGUGAGCUACGAGGAUCCCGACAUGAUUUCUCACCACGAUUCCUCCACGGACCCCCUCUUCCUCCAAGCGACUGAGACCUGCGACUACAACUGUGGUCCUUGAUGGUGAAGGCAUCUCGUGGCAAAUGUUUGGAUGUUGUGGACGGUUGGUUAGUGGUCACAGACUGCAACCGUUUCAGUCACAUGCAGGAAUUCGAUCUGCCAGGUUUUAGGCCAUAAUACAAAAACGAUUUUUACCAUUGCAAUCUGUCCACCUAGCAAUGUCCGUGCCCUGAUUCGGUGAUGGCUGACAAAUCGUCCGCAUGCACGUGCAGAACGGAAGACGCUACGUUAAGUUCUCCCGCCUCUAAAUGUUCAAUGCUCAUAGCUAUCUAUGUGGAUGGGUUCCCGCUGCGGUGUCAUUAUAAUUCACUUAAUAAGGUGGUUACAACUGUCUGGGUAUACGGUUCCCGGUUUGGGGUUUUUCCAUUCCCGGAAUGGAAAGGGGGCCCCUCUCCUUGCUUUGCAUGGUCGCGCUCUCCUGACUUCUUUUGCUGUUUUUGCGACUGUGCCUUCGCAAAAUUAAAUCAUAAGGUGCGCGCAGGCAACGUGAGAACGCAGUGUAUGUACACGUGCACGUUGUAAUGCCGAAGUACGAUUGUCCCUUUUGCAUUUAUUGCAGUCGUUGCAAAUACAGAUGCAACUAACUUUAGUAGCCAGGAUGCAUGAUUAUUAUUACUGGUUCAUUGUUCUGCUAAAAUACAUAUGCAAGCACGAUGUACGUUG